AUGGGAAAGCCCCUUGUGUAUGAGAUCCUGCAGAAACCUGCCACGAGCUGCAUCAUAGCGAUAUGCUCCACAAUCUGGUUCUUCAUACAGAAGAAAAAUGUCGGCUACGGGAACGUGGGAUUGAGCUAUGAAACUGCGGCGGAAGGGCAUCACUGGCGGGUCAUCACCUCCGCGUUCUCCCACAUCAGUGUGAUCCAUUUGGUCUUCAACAUGAGCGCCCUCUGGAGUCUGGGGGCCAUAGAACAGCUGGGUCAGAUGGGUCUCGGCGUGGAGUUCUACCUCCAUUACACUCUUGUUUUGGUAAUUCUCUCUGGUUUACUGGUGCUGGGGAUCUACCAUGUUCUGAUCCAGAGGUUCAAGCUGGACUAUUUCCGGAGGGUGACUGCUGUCGGGUACUCUGCCGUCGUAUUUGGCUGGAUGACGAUCCUCGCAGUGAAGCAGCCAUCGUCGAAGCUGAACUUAUUCGGGGUCCUCUCGCUCCCCAUCAGCUUUGCCCCAUUCGAGUCGCUGGUGUUCACUUCCAUUAUUGUUCCUCAGGCGAGCUUCCUCGGCCAUCUAUCUGGGAUCAUCGUUGGCUACUCCAUAGCUUGGGGUCUGAUCCAAGGCAUGAACAACUAUUGGGCCAUCUCGAUGCUCGGGUGGACGAUCCUCGUGUUUGCGUUGAGUCUGAAGCACAGUGGCGCGUUUGACCUCCGCUUUAUCGAGAUUGAGGUUGUUCAGGAUCUCUCCUUGCCCACUGUGAGCCCUGUUGCUCCUGGAAAUGGUAGAACUCUGCAAAUGGACGCAUUGCCUCUCCUGGGUGCAGACAUUCUGUAG